UAUUGUAUUGAAAAACUAUCAUUGGCCUAAGUUGUUAUGAAACACAAAAAUAUUCUUGCAGAGGAUAUUCAUUGAAAAUGCAUCAAGAGUAUAAUGUAUGACCGUUAUAACGGUUUUAGCUCUCCAACCUUCCCCAACACAAAACUCCUCUCUCCCUUCACAUCUCUCUCCUCUUCAGAACUCAAAAACAUUUUUUUUCUAUUUUGAAUUCUGCAGCCAUAAGAAUUGUCAAAUUGAAGCUAAGAGAUUAUUACUGAAUUUCUGUUAAUUGAUACUACCACAUGCAGCAGCUUGAUACUUCAUAUUCAAAGGUGUCUAUAUGACUUGUUCUAUAAAAUGUUUGACUGUGGAUACAAGUCACAAUUCAUUGGAGGCCAGAGGGAGAAAUUUGUGAGAUUGGAUGAUAUAGAUUCUACAAUGUCACUGAAUACUAAUAAAGCUGGAAUGAAGAAAUUCUGGUUAAAUUUAGAAGGAUUUUCCCUCAGAGGCCGUAGAAAGAGAAAUCCAUCGCAAUCUUUCAGGUUUGGGAUGAAGAAGGGAUCAGAAGGACUGAUAACAUUUGGUCGACACUUAAAAACUGGAGUCUCUCGUGCAGUAUUUCCUGAAGAUCUUAAAGUAUCUGAAAAAAUGAUAUUUGAUCCUCAAGACAAAUCUCUUCUGUUGUGGAACAGGCUUUUUGUCAUUUCCUGCAUUCUUGCAGUAUCUGUUGAUCCUUUGUUCUUUUAUCUCCCUGUGUUUAACUAUAAGAUGGUGUGCUUGGGCAUGGAUACAAAUCUAGCAGCUACCAUUACAGCUGUUCGGACCAUGCUUGAUGCUUUUUAUCUGCUCCGUAUGACUCUUCAGUUUCGAACAGCCUACGUUGCACCUUCAUCACGGGUUUUUGGUCGAGGUGAACUUGUUAUAGAUUCUGGACAGAUAGCUGCUCGUUAUUUACGUCAUUACUUCAUUGUUGAUUUUCUUGCUGUGCUACCUUUACCACAGAUGGUAGUGUGGAAAUAUCUUACUGAGACCAAGAAAGGUUCAGAGGUUUUGGCUACUAAACAAGCAUUGUUAAUUAUCGUCUUUCUUCAAUACAUCCCAAGAUUUUUCCGCUUUAUUCCUUUAACUUCAGACCUGAAAAAGACUGCUGGUGCUUUUGCUGACAGCGCUUGGGCUGGUGCUGCAUACUAUCUUCUAUGGUACAUGCUUGCUAGUCAUAUAGCAGGAGCUUUCUGGUACUUAUUGGCUGUUGAAAGAAAGGACACAUGCUGGCAGAAAGCUUGCAUUCAGAGUGGGAGAUGUGUGAUAAGCUUCUUGUAUUGUGGCAACCGGGUAUUGCCCGGUUUCCAUGAAUGGCGGAGGAUCAGCGAGGGUGUCCUUUCGAAAAACUGUAAUGUUGCUGAAGAUGGUAAUUCUAAUUUUAAUUAUGGAAUCUAUACACAGGCCAUGUUAUCAGACAUUGUCGCAUCCAGGAUAUUCGUCACUAAAUUCUUUUACUGUUUAUGGUGGGGCUUGCAAAACUUGAGUACACUUGGUCAGGGUCUUGCAACCAGCACCUAUCCUUUAGAGGUUCUGUUUUCUAUAGCAAUAGCUAUUUCUGGGCUUAUCCUCUUUGCACUUUUGAUUGGAAACAUGCAGACCUACCUUUCAUCAAUAACAGUUCGUCUAGAGGAAAUGAGGAUCAAGAGGCGUGAUUCAGAGCAGUGGAUGCAUCAUCGCUUGCUUCCGCAGGAUCUUAGAGAGCGAGUCAGGCGCUAUGAUCAGUACAAGUGGUUGGAAACUCGUGGAGUGGAUGAGGAAAGUUUAGUCCAGACUCUACCAAAAGAUCUCAGGAGGGAUAUCAAGAGACAUCUUUGUUUAAAUUUGGUUAGAAGGGUUCCUCUUUUUGCCAAUAUGGAUGAAAGGUUGCUUGAUGCCAUUUGUGAACGACUGAAGCCAAGUCUAUACACAGAACAAACAUACAUAGUCCGGGAAGGGGACCCUGUAGAUGAGAUGUUGUUCAUUAUUCGUGGCCGCCUGGAGAGUGUGACCACAGAUGGUGGAAGGAGUGGAUUUUUCAACAGAGGGUUCUUGAAAGAAGGGGACUUUUGUGGAGAAGAGCUUCUAACUUGGGCACUGGAUCCAAAAGCUGGCGCUAGUUUACCAUCAUCUACUAGGACAGUUUGGGCCUUAACUGAGGUAGAGGCAUUUGCUUUAGAAGCUGAAGAGCUGAAGUUCGUCGCAAGUCAGUUUAGGCGUCUUCACAGCAGGCAGGUUCAACACACUUUCCGUUUCUACUCGCAACAAUGGAGGACAUGGGCUUCUUGCUUAAUCCAAGCAUCUUGGAGACGGUAUGCCAGGAGAAAGGCAGCAGAACUUCGUAUGCUAGAAGAAGAAGAAGACGAAGAAAAAGAAGAAAUGGAAUACGAGGAGGAAUAUAAUGAUGAACAAGCAUUAGUUCAGCGAAGUGAUAGUUCUUCCACGCUGGGGGCGACACUCCUUGCCUCUCGCUUUGCAGCCAAUGCUAUUCGUGCUCACAGGCUUCGCAGCACAAACAGUACCGCAGGCUUGCUGACACUGCAAAAGCCCCCAGAACCUGACUUUAGCGAAGAGUAAAUAGUGAGUUUGUUUUGAUGAGUGAAGCCAAUUCGAUUAUUUUGUUUGCAUGGUAAAUCUAGUUAUGCAGCAUCUGUUGUAUGUAACAACUGUAAGAAAUGUGUGUUCUCAAUUCCUAGGAUAGUACAUAAUUUCUACUUCGGUACAGAAAUAUGCCAGAGUAUAUGACUCACAAUUUGCAUAAAUUAAGUGUAACUUGUACGGAUUUAUGGAUAUUGAAAACUAGCCUUUAACAUCCCAUAAGGAAUAUAAAAAUUCUGGCAUCAGCUUCAAUUCA